UUAUCGUCUUCCCCUGGUUGCUCAGUCCGCACGCCUGCGAUUUGAAUACUUUUGAUUUCGGAGGGAGAGUCAGAGAGAGCUGCCUCGGUAAAAUCAAACACUUGUUAAUUUCCUAAUUUAUCGAAGAUCGCGUAUGCAGAUGAUACCAAAUCGUCGAAGACCUAGGGUUCUUACUUUGUUGUUGUUUAUUUGCUCGGCUGUUGUGACCUACUUUCCUGCGCUGGUACCAGCUGCAGUUGUUACACUUGAUUCCAUUGAACUAUUCAGGACGCACGAAUGGCUUCCCACAAAGCCUACAAUUUAUUUUCAGUGCAAAGGGGAGAACGUUACAUUUUUACCUGAUGUGAAGGAAAAACAUGUCUUCUAUGCCUUUAAGGGUCAAGAAUCCUGGCAGCCUCUAACAGAACUCCAAGACAAUAAGUGCAAACGCUGCGGCAUAUACGAGAAAGAUACUUUGAAAUCAGACGACGUAUUUGACGAGUGGGAGUUCUGUGCAUCUGAUUUCACAAGCUCUGAUGGGAAAUACAUUCACUACAAAGACAAAGAGCUAAAUGCCACAUUUUUAUGCCCAGAAUGUGUCCCUCUCGGAAGCGCUUCGGAUCAUUCACCCAAAUCGAACAAUAGCUCUCAGACUAUGCACUGGGCCCUGAUAUUGCUCAUCUCCGCUUUAGUAUUAUCAGUACUCGUCGGCGCAACAGUGGUUGCGUACAAGUACUGGAAAAGGAGAAAGCAGGAGCAAGAGCAUGCUCGUUUUCUAAGGAUGUUCGAUGAAGACGACGAUAUCGAGGAUGAGUUGGGCAUUGGUCCCCUUAGCCAUACUGUUUGACAUACAAUGAUUAAGGCUUCAUUUCCUAUCCCCAUAACUUUAUGUACAUAUAUAGAUCUUCAAAUUCAUCACCAUUGAUCAGAAAGCAGAGAUUGGAUAGUGUAUUGUUUGGUCAUAGAAGCAGGUCACAUUAUCUUCUGUUAAGUGAAUAUUUUGGUUUAGA